UAUACUUGCGCCUAGCUUCUAUCCACUUUCAGUCGGUUUUGAAGGUUAUGUAGUUAGCGACCGAAGAAGUGGUGUUGUUGGGCUGUGAAUUAGUGAUUAAUUAAUUUGAAACAUUUGACGAAAACGAUAUAUUUUAUACUAAUUAAAUGUCCACAGUUCUUUGAGUAACGACUGAAAAAAUGGAUCCCAACAUACAACCGCCCCCUUUCGUUCCGCCGCCUGCAGGAAUUGGGACUCCCCCAUUAAUGCCACCAAUGUCGAGUUUUCCUCCUAUGAUCCCACAAUUCAAUGUCCCACCACCCGGCUUUGGGGCAUUCCAAGCACCUGCACCCAAUCCACAAGAGCAGUGGACUGAGCACAAGGCACCGGAUGGCAGAACAUAUUAUUAUAAUUCUGUGACAAAGCAAAGUUCAUGGCAAAAGCCGGACACCUUGAAAUCCCCAACAGAGUUACUUCUAUCUCAAUGCCCAUGGAAAGAGUACACUGCAGAUAAUGGCAAAAUUUACUAUCACAAUAUCACAACAAAGGAAUCACGUUGGGUUAUACCACCUGAACUUGAGGAAAUCAAAAACAAAGUAUCUGCAGAAGAAUCUAAGAAUAAAUCGAAUGAUGCUGUUGCGAGUCCAUUGAUUGCGGCCGCUCAAGCAUCUGGAGUAAAUUCACCUAGCGCAACUUCUAGCCCGGGUGGAAAAAGUGCUUUGGAAGCCGCGAUGGCUGCAACUUUGGCUGCAAUAUCAAUUCCCACGCCUCCACCAAAAGCAGAUGAAGAUUCAAAUUUAUCUACGCACAGCGAGCCGAAGGAGUCUCGAAAUUCCACCCCCGAGCCGCGCGUAUUCAAAGAUAAGAAGGAAGCGGUGGAAGCGUUCAAAGAGAUCCUCAAGGAGAACAACGUUCCUUCCAACGCUACAUGGGAUCAGUGCGUAAAAAUCAUACAUAACGAUCCUAGGUAUGAAUCCUUCAAGCGUUUGAACGAACGGAAACAGGUGUUUAAUGCUUAUAAAACACAGAAGCAGAAGGACGAAAAGGAGGAAAACAGACUGCGGGCGAAAAAGUCAAAAGAAACUCUGGAAGAAUUCCUGUUGAAAUCCGAGAGAAUAACAUCAAAUACCAAGUAUUAUAAAUGUGAUGAGAUUUUUACUGGCCUAGAUGUUUGGAAUAGUGUGAGCGAUCCGGAUAGGAGGGAUAUUUAUGAGGAUGUUAUGUUUUCAUUGGCUAAACGCGAAAAGGAAGAUGCGAAAGUCUUAAAAAAGCGGAACAUGAAGAAGUUGGCGGAAGUGCUAAAUAAUAUGGCUGAAAUCAAUUAUGAUACAACGUGGAGUGAAGCUCAGGCGAUGCUUUUAGGAAACACGACAUUCAAGAACGACGUUAAUCUAUUGGCAAUGGAUAAAGAGGACGCCUUGAUCGUUUUCGAGGAUCACAUUAGGGAACUGGAAAAGGAGGAAGUCGAAGUGAAGGAGCGCGAGAAGAAGCGACUGAAAAGGCAGGCAAGGAAAAAUAGGGACCAAUUUCUAGUUCUGUUGGAUAUGCUCCACGAAGAAGGAAAAUUGACGUCAAUGUCUUUAUGGGUAGAGCUUUAUCCCAUUAUUUCAGCUGACAUUAGAUUUUCUGCUAUGCUAGGUCAAAACGGCUCUACGCCAUUGGAUUUAUUUAAAUUCUACGUAGAAGAUCUCAAAGCGCGCUUUCACGAUGAAAAGAAAAUUAUCAAGGAAAUUCUCAAAGACAAAGAAUUCGAGGUUAAAGUGAACACCACUUUCGAGGAGUUCGCAACGGUUGUUUGCGAAGAUAAAAAGAGCGCUACAUUAGAUGCGGGUAACGUCAAAUUAACUUACAACUCGUUAUUAGAGAAGGCGGAAGUGAAGGAAAAGGAGCGCGUGAAGGAAGAGUCGAAGAGGAUGAAGAAAUUAGAGGGUAACUUCAAAAAUCGUCUAAGAGAAAUGAAUUUCAAUUACGAUUUGCCCUGGGACGAAGCCAAGUCCAAAUUGGAAAACGAAGAAGAAUUUAUUGCAUUUUCUUCCGAUAGCGAGAGAAUAAAAGUAUACAAGAGUUUCCAACACGAAAUGGAAGAGUCUUGUAGUCACCACCAUUCACGGUCGAAGAAGUCUAAAAAAAGUAAGAAAAAUAAAAAAUAUAAGUCUUCGAGUAAUAGUGAUUCCGAGGGUGAGGUUAAAAAAGAUAAGAAGAGGUAUAGGACGCCUAGCCCUGUGGCAAUUUCUGAAGACGAAAGUGCUGGUGCGGUUGUUGGCGAAGAAUACAAGAAGAAAAAAUCCAAGAAGAAGCACAAAAGGAAAUCCCCUUCUAUGAGUCCGACCGACGAUCGAACGAAAAAAGCGCAAAAGAAUAGGGCUGCGGAGACUGAGGUAUCAACGAAAAGCGGGGAACUGAGCGAAUCCGAGCUGGAGAAGCAGAGAGCGCUGCUUUUAGAACAAUUGAAAGAACCUGAAAGUGAUUAAAUCACCUGCCGAAUACAUAAAAUAUUUAUUUAAGUUUAAAACUAUAAAUUUAUUGAACGAUGGACGAAUGGAGACGAUAAGGAGAAACAAACAAAACAAAUUGAAUCAGUUCUUAGCUAUUUUGUAUUGUAAUUACAAAAACAAAUACAUGUUUCAA